AAACUUUAUGUAACUUUUUGCCGAGCCCCGCUGCUGAAUCGUGCUGGUCCGGCCCAUCUGCUGCAGCAAAUGGUUGAACUCACCAGGGAAGAAGUGGAGGGGAGUGAGAGAGACACAGAGAGAGAAAGGGGGAGAGAAAGAGGGAGAGAAAAGAGGGGGAUCGGAUUGAAAACAGAUCAGCCCGGAGACUUCUCCACCGCACGCCUAAAAGCAAGCGACACUAAAACUAUUCUCUGGCUAUUUUAGCGCUGCAUUUUUUGGUCCGUAAGUAGGUUUUUUUCGAUGGAAAAGCAUGCAGGAAACUUUGUGCGAUUAGCCUGCCGUGGGCUGUAGAAGUUAACAAUGCGCUUCAGCGGCUCCCCAUGAACUUUCUGCAUGAUCCGGAGACUCGCACCAACUUUAUUACUCUAUCCCAAGCUGCAUCUAUACUGAAAGUAGAUGGAUCUUCACACAAUCCCAGGAAUAUGUCUCAUUGUUUUUUGAUCAAGAAAGUAUCCCGUAAAGAAAAUCCCCGAUCGCUGCAGAAUCCAGAGAAAUAAACGCCUCAGUGGACAAACUGAAUAGAGAGAGAUUACAUACCAUCAACAAAGAAUGAAGAGUUCCAGCAGUCAGGCGGAGGAGAGUGAAAAGAUGUAAAGGAACGACGGGCAUUCAGAUGAUUCAGGCGGGCUGGAGCUGUGGUCACCAGCCCCAUGGACCCGCGAUGGGGACGUCACUUUCAUCUCCUCCACUGCCAUUCUGCCACCGUUUUCACACGUCCCCCUCUGGCUGCCCUUUAUUGAUUGGGGGGUUUUUCUUUUCUAGAAAUCUGUGGAAAAUUUAAUGAACCACACGCUGGAAAAAGGGGAGGUCGUUUUCUUAAAGGGUCACACAAAAAAACAGCAAUAUCAAUGAAGCCCCAGUGUGCAGAGAGAAGAGGCAUCAGGGACUCCUAAAAGAAGAAGUCCCUGUUGUCUAGCAUGGAGACCUCUGCUCCGAUGGCCACGGAGAAGAAAGAGUGUAAGGCCUCCAGCCUUGAUGGAAGCGGCUUCUCUGACCUGACAAAGAAGCCAUCUCCGACGACAGUGGCCCGUGCCUCCCAUCCCGUGUUCCCGACCUUCCACACUCCCAUUCCGAUCGACAUGCGGCACCACGAGGGCAGGUACUUCUACGAGCCACAUGCCCUGCCGACCAUGCACGGUCCCCCAGGUCUGGCCGGCAGCCCCGUCAUCUCUGACAUCUCCCUCAUCCGCCUGUCCCCACAUGGAGCGGGCACCGGGGAGCCCCCAUUUAACCCCCCACACCCCUACAUGGGCUCCCACAUGGAGCAUUACCUGCGAUCCAUGCACAGCCCCACGCUGUCCAUGAUCUCGGCGGCCCGGGGACUCAGCCCGGCAGACGUGACGCACGAGCACUUGAAGGAGCGUGGCCUCUUCAGCCUGGCCCCGCCCCCUCCGGGGGCCAACCCGGCUGAGUACUACCACCUGAUGGCCAGCCACCGGCAUUCGUACGGGGACCUCCUCCUGCAGACCGGGGCCGCAGCCGCCUCGGCUCACCUGCCGGACUACAUGAGCCCAGUGGACAUGUCCCGGUUCCCCAGCCCCCGGCUGACUCCCCGGCUGAGCCGCAAGCGUGCCCUGUCCAUCUCACCCCUGUCAGACACCAGCAUCGACCUGCAGACCAUGAUUCGCACGUCACCCAACUCGCUGGUGGCCUACAUCAAUAACUCCCGGAGCAGCUCGGCAGCCAGCAGCUCCUAUGGACACCUGUCUGUGGGGGCCAUCAGUCCCUCAUUCCCCUUCCCCCACCCCAUCAACCCCGUCGCCUACCAGCAAAUCCUCUCACAGCAGCGGGGACUCAGCGCCUUUGGCCACACGCCGCCCCUCGUCCAGCCCGCCCCCACCCUCUCGGCCCGGCAGCAUCCUCUGGGCCUCUCCACCCUUCCCCCUGCCAUCCACAGCACAGAGUCCAGUAAGAACGCCAGCAGCGAUUCUGCGGUCAGCAGCACCGUCAACCCCAUGAUUACAAAAAGGUCAAAGGUCAAAACAGAGGCAGAGGGCCCUCGACCAGCCUCCCCCUGCUCUCAGGACCACCUGGGCGGGCUUCUGGACCUCAAGGAAGACCUGGACAAGGACGAGUGCAGGCAGGAGCCAGAGGCUGUGUACGAGACACACUGCCGCUGGGAGAGCUGCGCCAAGGAGUACGAUACCCAGGAGCAGCUGGUGCACCACAUCAACAACGAGCACAUCCAUGGGGAAAAGAAGGAGUUUGUGUGCCGCUGGGAGGAGUGUUCGCGGGAGCAGAAGCCCUUCAAGGCCCAGUACAUGCUGGUGGUGCACAUGCGGAGGCACACGGGCGAGAAGCCACACAAGUGCACGUUCGAGGGCUGCUCGAAGGCCUACUCACGUCUGGAGAACCUGAAGACCCACCUGAGGUCCCACACCGGUGAGAAGCCCUACGUCUGUGAGCAUGAAGGCUGCAACAAGGCGUUCUCCAACGCCUCGGACCGGGCCAAGCACCAGAACCGAACCCACUCAAAUGAGAAACCUUACGUGUGUAAGAUCCCCGGAUGCACCAAGCGCUACACGGACCCCAGCUCUCUCAGGAAGCACGUGAAGACCGUCCAUGGCCCCGAAGCACAUGUCACCAAGAAGCAGCGCAACGAUUUGCCCUCCCGCACCCAUCCCCCCCGUGAGAAUGGGGAGAAUGAGGCCAGUGCCAAGCAAAGUGCAAGAGGCCUGGAAGACAAGCUGGAAAGCAACAGCACCACCAGAGGCAUGGAGGACUGCCUGCAGGUCAAGCCGAUAAAGACAGAGAACUCUGUGAUGUAUCAGUCCAGCCCUGGUGGCCAGUCAUCGUGCUGCAGUGAGCCGUCGCCACUUGGUGGCGCCUCCCACCACGAUAGUGGAGUAGAGACAGCUGUACCCAGCGGGGGCAGCCUGGGAGACCUGAGCACGCUGGAUGAGCCCCCCAUCGUGGACUCCACCGUCUCCCCAGGUGCCCCGGCAGUCGGCCUCCAGCUGCGCAAGACUGGGAGUGCUACCCACAGGCUUGAACACCUCAAGAAAGAGAAGCUAAAGACCGUGAGGGACUCCUGCUCCUGGCCCAGCCUAGCGCCUCAAGUGCAAAACACCAAGCUGCCUCCCAUACCAGUCUCUGGGUCAUUACUGGAGAGUUCGAGCCUCGGUGGUCCAGCCAUGUUCCCAGGCCCACGUCUUGGCGAGCUGCCCUACAAUGAGGUGACCGUGCUGGACCAGUUGAACCAACGGCGGGACAGCACUACCAGCACCGUCAGCUCAGUCUACACCCUGAGCCGGAGGUCCUCCGGCAUCUCACCAUGCUACUCCAGCCGCCGCUCCAGCGAAGCCUCACAGUUCGGAGGGCGUCACAACAAUGUCAGUUCUGCUGACUCCUACGACCCCAUCUCAGCCGACCUAUCCCGCCGCUCUAGCGAGGCCAGCCAGUGUGGAGGACUGUCUGGCUUGCUGAGCCUCACUCCUGCUCAGCAUUACCGCCUCAAGGCCAAGUACGCUGCUGCCACUGGGGGAGCCCCACCCACACCUCUGCCCAAUAUGGACCGUCUUAAGACCAGGAUGGCACUCUUCGGGGAUGGCCAUGAGUCUGCCGUUCGCCCAUUCCACAGCCCUGCCAUGCUGAGGCGAUGCAGUGAGUCUGGCUAUUCUGCUCCAGGCAUGAUGCCCCACGAGAUCCCUGCAAAUAUCCCCCGCCGGGCCAGUGACCCUGUCCGUCGUCCGGCCAUAGACCCACUGUCACUACCACGGGUGCAGCGAUUCAACAGCAUCAGUAGCAUGAAUCCGCUUGCACCCUCGGUGGAGCACCGUGGUCUGAGCCUACAGAACUAUACCCGCUCUGACGGUAACCUGCACCGCUACUCCUAUGCUUGCCGGCCACCCAGCAUCUCUGAGAAUGUGGCGAUGGAGACCGCAGAUGUAGGCCUGCAGGGUGCCGAAGACGAUCUGGUGCUGCCGGAUGACAUGGUGCAGUACUUGCAAUCCCAGGGUGGCGAGCCCCCUCAGUCUGCCGCUCCAUCAGCGUACCCCAGCCAGGCUCAGAGCCUACUGGGAAGCGGGACCUCACAGCAACAGCAACCUUUCUAUGGCCAACGGCGCAUGGCUGUUGUCGAUGCUAAUAUGAGCCCAGCAGGACAGAUGCAGCUCCCCAGUCAGAUGAGCCCCGGGUCCCAAGAGCACUUCCCUGACUCCCCUGGCCUGAACAAGAGCAACAUGCCUGUCCAGUGGAACGAGGUCAGUUCGGGGACCGUUGACGCCAUGCGGGGUCAAAUCAAGCAGCAGCAGCAGCUUAUAAGAGGGAAUCUGGCCUUGGUUCAGCAGAAACAAAAUUUUGGCCCCUACCAGAACCUUGGUGGAAACCAGCAAAUGGUGCAAAUAGGUCAGAGCCCAGCGGCACAGCAGGGUUUUACUCAACGUGGCUCAGGCCCCACAUCCCAGAGGAUUAAUGGCCUCCAACAGCAGCGGGCACAGGCCAUGAGCUCGGGCGAUCCGUUAAGCCUGCUUCAGGACUACGAGCAGGACGUCCUGGCUAAUAGUGUAAAUGGGGCCACCAGCCAACGGCCGUCCUGCAACAAUGUGGCCGGGACCAUCUGCAGUCCUAAUAGCCGAGGAAUGGCCAUGCAAACUCAAGAUGCCCAGAGCUACAGAUCGAGAACGCAGCUGGGCAGCAGUCAAGCUCACACCACAUAUCACGGAAACUACAGCCAGCAGAGCUACACAACGUCCUCCCACCAGUGCGUCCAAAAUGGCAGUCAAGGCUUGAUGCAGCCAAGGCCACCCACAGAACCCAAACCCCUGAGCAGGCAGCACUCGGGGCCAAGCCUGGCACAGCAGCCUGUAUUCCCCCAGCAGGCCUUCAGCUCUGGCUAUAGCCCCUCUGACACCAGCCCCACAAGCUCCAGCAGCGUGGGCCACAACUUGGCCGGUGGCAACAGGGAGAAUGUCAUGUUCUACAGGGGGCAGAUCCACAUGUUUGAGCCUAAUGGUGACUUAGGCUCUCAGGCAUCCCCCGCAGCAAGUGCGAUGGUCACCAUGGCUUCCCCGGGGACCAACCAGGUCUCCAGCACGGUGGAUUCCACUCAGGGUGUGGACCAUGCCCAGAUUGACUUUGACUCUAUGCUGGAUGAUGGGGAUCACUCCAGUCUCAUGUCAGGCACUCUCAGCCCCAGCCUUCUCCAGAGUCUGUCUCAGAAUUCCUCCCGACUCACCACCCCCCGCAAUUCAGUGACAUUACCUUCUGUACCAGCAGGGGUCAGCAACAUGGCCAUUGGAGAUAUGAGCUCCAUGCUGUCCGCUCUCGCUGAGGAGAACAGAUUCCUCAACAUGAUGUCUUAAGAGCAGGUGGUGUAGAGCCACCAAAUGAGAAACUGUGAGACUGUUAGUUUUCCCCCAUCCUGCUUGCUUGUUUAGGAAGUGACUUCACUAGAGGCAUUUCCUUUGACACUGAUUGGUGUAUACAGGGAGAAGUACAUUUUCAAGAUGCUCUUGCCUUUCCUGCAAACAGAGGACAAUUCAGGAGAACUUCCCCAAACCUCAUUUCCUUCUCCCCUUGCUUCCUGUAACAUGUAUUAUUGUGUAAAGUAUUCUGUUAAAGAUGGCAGCCUGCAUUUGUCUUAAGAAGCCAUACUUUACCUUUACAAGGAACCUUGGACUAUGUAUGUGAGGCAAACCAGAGUGCUGUUUGAUGGUACUGCAGUUUUGAGGCAUCGUACAGAACCCAGUCUCUUAAGUGCCUUGCUAUGGUGUGCUGAAUAGGGAAAUGAUAAUAUGUACAAGUAACAGCGACAGGUAACGUGCUGUCAUGUACAAAAACAUGGAUAUUUAGAGAAGAUGUUUUGUAUUGUUGCUGUAAACGAAUAUACAUGGUAUUUGCUAUUGACUGUGCUAAUUGCUUCAGUGUUUUGACUUCAUAUAAUGUUUUCAUAUGAGGGUUGGUGUUUUGUCACCUGCCGUGAAACACCACUUUCCAAAGGAACGCUCAUUGUGUCCUCCUGGUGUUUUCUGGAAGACUGCCGUCCUUUCAGGACAGUCACAUCAUGCUGUCAUAUGACACUGUGACAUGACGCAUGCCCUGAUGCUGUUGGCAAGACUCUGGCCGGAUUGGACACGACUGGAAAAUGCCACCUCCUCAAGAGACUCUCAGAGCAAUGUGCGAAUGGGAGACACACAUUCUGGGAUAACUGAGAGAUCAUUCGUUCGUAGGGAGAUGGACUCAGGUAGCAGAGCAGAAUCCCGCCCUAACGAAACUGGACCGGUCCAGUUGUCGUAGAACCGCGGGGUGCCGUGGCAACACAGACUCUUUGUCAUUGAAAUAUAGCAGUUUCUUUUCUACGAUCCAGUAACAUUUCAUUGAUCUGGUCCUGUACAUAGCUUUUGUACAUUUUAUAAAAUACAAUUUGACUGUUUUUUUUUACUGUAGUUGAAUGUGGAGGCUCUUUGGAAUCACAGGGUAAUCUCCUCCGGCAUCCAUGAAAACAAAUGGCCAUCUGACGUCUCCAGCACAUAGGAAGCAGAGAAGAUCAUGCCGAGGAGUGAGCUUCAGGGGCGGGACACUCGUCUCUGUGUGCGCGGAGUAAAUAAAAGAAUGUGCAUAAA